UUUUACCCUAUAUAACAUACAGUUCACUUCACCUCAACACAUAGCAUAUCUCUCUCUUCCUCUCUCUAUCUAUCACUUAUUGGAUCCUUGUGUUAGUGAGAAAAUGGCUAUGAAGCUUUAUGGAGUUCCCAUGUCCACAUGCACCAGUCGUGUGAUGGCUUGCCUCCAUGAGAAAGGUGCAGAUUUUGAGCUUGUUCCGGUUAACCUUGGCACUGGGGAACACAAACAGCCUCCUUUUCUAUCUAAGAAUCCCUUUGGUCAGAUUCCAGUGCUAGAAGAUGGUGAUCUCACUCUCUAUGAAUCUAGGGCAAUCACAGCAUAUGUGGCUGAGAAAUGCAAGGAUACUGGAACUGAUCUCAUGAGGCACAAAAACCCCAAAGAAGCUGCUAUGGUUAAGGUAUGGAUGGAGGUGGAAUCCCAGACAUUCAACCCUGCAAUCUCUCCCAUUGUCAUGGAAUAUGUUAUUGGGCCUUCAAUGGGCAAAAAAACUGAACAAGCAGUCGUCGAUGCCUGCACGGGGAAGCUAGGAAAAGUGCUUGAUGUGUAUGAGUCUAGGCUGAGUACGUGCAAGUACUUGGCUGGUGAUUUCUAUAGCAUGGCUGACCUGCAUCACCUUCCUUACAUGCACUAUUUCAUGACCACACCAUGUGCCUCGAUGGUUAAAGACCGUCCCCAUGUUAUGGCAUGGUGGCAGGACAUUUCUUCUAGGCCUUCUUUCAAGAAAAUGGCUGGGGCCAUGACUUUUGGUUAAGAGGAAAUGUUAACAUUUUGGAAGAACUUGAUGAGAUGGUGGUUAUCUCAGCGGACUAUAUAUAGUCUAUAUUAAAUAAAAUAAGUGCUCUCUCUUUCUCAUAUGAGAUUUUCUUAUCACCUAAUGUAAACGUUCAAAGCUUUUUGAACACUUGGAAUAAAAAUUUUCAGUUUUGUUUGACCUAUAA